UUAAGAGCCGGGACAUGCGGAGAGCAAAGAAGCAAAUGAAGAAGUGGAGGAGGAACUGGGAUUGGGAAAUUUGUUCAGCAUCACUUCCCCGCCGAUCGCCUAUCACAACAUAAGCCUGAAGGUGUAGUCAAGCAGCUCUGUCCUUGUGGUUUUUCUGCACUGAAAAAAAGAGUUUUAACCCUAACUUUUAUUUUUUAACGUCGCUUUUAACCUGAAAGCUUUUUAAAAGACAGUUUUAGGAGUGGCGGUUAAAAAGAGGACUUUCUGAAAUAAAGAUAUACGUUAUACGAGUUGAACGGACUGAGCGCUUGUACGCACGCAAGGUUCAAGCUGUGAUCUCCUAACUUGGGAAGCGUUAUAGUUUGCCAUUUUAAAACGACAUCGACAUGGAAAGGCCAUUUGACUGAGUUUCACCUCACUUGCAGAUAUAAUGGUGUAGGGGAUGCUAGAUCUGGUGCUGGAACAAAGCAGGAGUGCAGACGCCUUGAAGCCCAUCCACUGGAAGCAGAAUAAACAGACAGUAAACACUCCCCCUUGACCUUUGACCUUCAUGGCGCCUCAGGUAAGCUGAGGGCAAGAAGCUUGACUGACAGGAACCAACUCCGUUUCUGUUAGGUGACUUUUGGGCUGACUCAUUAGAUUUCACCAUCCAGCACGCCUGUCUGUUACGACCUACAAUUCCGUUGCCAUGGCGGCAUACAGCCAGACCCAGUACAGCCCGGCCAUUCAGCCUGCUGGGCCCUAUCCUCCCUACACACAUCACACCCAGGGUUACAGCAUGCCUUCCUACAACAUAAAAACAGAGGACGGGCUGAGCCAUUCUCCAGGACAGAAUGGCCUUCUGGGAUACUCAAACAACUUCAGCGGCACUCCUCCCAGCCAGAGUCUGUACAGCUACUCCGCGCACGGGGGUGGCAUUUCCUCUGGACUCUUCCAGGGAACCAAUGGGAUCACUAGCUCUACACCAUUCAACCCAUCCCAACAGGACUUCACAGCUUACUCGGCCUACAGCCAAACGCAGUACUCGCCGUACUAUAGUUCCCACUACAGCGCCCCCUACCUCACGACCAGCAAUGUCAGCCCUUCGGCUAUGAGUGCCGCCAUACCCUAUCAGCACCCAGAGCUCCCCCCGGUGGCAGCCAGUCACAGUCCAGAGUCCCUCGCAGAGCAUCACCCUCCCCCUAGCCCACCCACUCCCAGCAAAGAGCAAGAGGGGGUUCGAUCUCGGAGGGGCUCUGAUGGGAAACUGCGGGGCAGGAAGAGGACCAACGAUCCAGCACCGCCCCUGGACUCUGACAUUGAACGUGUCUUUGUGUGGGAUCUCGAUGAGACCAUCAUCAUCUUCCACUCCCUGCUGACUGGGACCUUUGCGACGCGAUUUGGCAAGGAUUCUGCAAAAUCUGUGUCAUUGGGGCUAUGGAUGGAGGAGAUGAUCUUCAAUCUGGCCGAUUCACGUCUCUUCUUCAAUGACCUUGAGGAAUGUGACCAAGUUCAUAUUGAUGAUGUGGCCUCCGAUGACAAUGGGCAGGACCUCAGUACCUAUAACUUUGGAGCAGAUGGCUUCCAGACUCCAGCAGGGGGUGCUACACUCUGCCUGGGCUCAGGCGUCCAUGGUGGGGUGGACUGGAUGAGGAAACUGGCCUUCCGGUAUCGACGGGUCAAGGAGAUUUACAACACAUACAAAAACAACGUGGGAGGUUUGCUUGGCAGCCCAAAGCGGGAGGAGUGGCUUCAGUUGCGGCGAGAGCUGGAGGUGCUGACGGACCUUUGGCUCACCCAGGCCCUAAAGGCUCUGGCUCUCAUCAGCUCCAGACCAAACUGUGUGAACGUGCUGGUCACCACAACCCAGCUGAUCCCAGCCUUGUCCAAGAUCCUGCUCUACGGUCUAGGUGCAGCCUUUCCCAUUGAGAACAUCUACAGUGCCACAAAGAUAGGGAAGGAGAGCUGCUUCGAGCGUGUGGCCCAGCGCUUUGGCCGCAGGGCCGUCUACGUGGUGGUGGGGGACGGAGUCGAAGAGGAGGCUGUCGCCAAGAAGAAAAACAUGCCGUUUUGGAGGGUGUCAUGCAGGGCUGACCUAGAAGCCCUUAGUCAUGCACUGGAGCUAGACUACCUCUAGGGGGAAUCAGAUGCCUUUACACUUUCUUCCAACAAGUCUUUACCAUCUCUCCGUGGACAAGAUGUCAAAAACAACCGGAAGAAAACAAAAGCCAAAAAUAUGGGACUGAUAUAAUCUGCAGGGAAUGGCAAGAAAAUACUGGAAAACCUGGGAUUUUAUGAAACAUGAUUUUGGACUGAAAUCCAACGGCUUCGUGUGCAGACCUUGCGUCUCUCAUUGAACUAUUGCAAUUUGCACUGAAGCAGGACCUUUGGUGGGAGUGAACAGCUCCAGGUGGUUUGGUUUUUCUCAGUUAAAAAAAAUACUUCUUCGGUACCAAAUUGUUCAUUGCGAAGCAGGGAACAGCUACAUUUUCAAGUCAGGUAACUUGCAGAAUUGACCAAAGAUCGCGAGUCUUAAGUAACUUUAUGGUAAAAAGCAAAUUUGUGUCAUUAGCUUGACAUCUGUUCAGAUAAAGUCUCGAUCGACUGGUUUACACGAUGAUGGCUUUAGGGGAAUGCAAACAUUUACAGGCCAUAUUGAAUACCAUAAUAUGCUGCCGAAUUAUCUUUAUACCACUGGGAACUGGGGUUAACUGUAGUUUAAGAGGUUGUAAAGAAUAGCUUAGGGCACUUUGCUGUAAGAUGUAGUUUAUUUUUAGAUCUGUAACAAUUCCCUCGCUAAAUUACAGUCAGAUGAUUCAAUCAAACCAGAGUCUUACCUAAUGGGAGGAGCAGAUGCUCAAGACAAGCCUAGACAUCUUAAGCAAUUUUUGAUGAGUCGUAAAGCUGAAAUACAUGAGGAACCGAGGAGCAAUUAUCCCAAACAGACACUGACAGGUAAUUAUAAUUGCCCUGUUUUAUAUGGCUUAAAAUGAUAAUAGCACAACUAGUCAUUGCUAUAUAAAUCAAGCAUCAAUCAAGCGUGAUUUUUUUUGGAGGUGUCAGACCUCUAACGAAACAAGAAGCUGGCAGAUGAGCAAAGAGCAGAGAGGCAAAUUACAUCAGGAUCUUAGCUUGGUGACAAUGUUUUUGUUUUUUUUUUUUACUUUUUUUUAACAUUUUUUUAACCUUGUGGAAAAGGUGGAAAUGAAAAAGCAAAUCGUUACAAAACAAAACAGUAUUGUACAUAUAAUAUCAUAGACGUUUAAUAUGUCUGAAUUUUAAUUGGCUCUUUUUGCUUCAUAAAGAUACUGGCAUACAGUCAUCUCAGUCAUUCUUCAUGGGUUGCUCCGACGAGGGAGACGAGCAAAUUUCACAAAAUAUAGAAUAUCCUUCUGCAGCUUAUCGUUGAAAUGCAAGUCAAAGUACACUACUAAUUAUACUAAUUCAUUCUUCAUUCUCUCACAGUUGUGGCUAUAUCCUUAAAUCUGCCAAUGACAAUCUUUUAUUUAAUUUAUAAAAUAUUCUAUCCCUUGUCUUCUUCCGCACUAAGAAUUUUUGAGUGUUCCUCUGUAUUAAUAAAAUGAAAAAAUAGCUGGCCACCAAAUUCAGUGUUGCUGGGUGUAUAUUUGUUUUUCUGUAUUAUUUCUUUUUAUUGCUUUACUAAAUGUUUAUAUAUAUAAAUCGUGUGUUAUAAUGGUAUGGGUUGUUUUUGGUCUCUGCAUGUGUUUUACAUUUGUCUGUAGCUCUGAUUUGUAUAUAAGGUUUAUAUGUUGUUUCUGUUUUAAUGGUCCAUUAUAAUAGAAUAAUAAAAUAAUUUAAUUAAAUUCUUCAGACAAAUUAUUUUAAAGAAUUCAUUAUGAAUACUUUUACUGUAUAAUUGUUUCAGUCGGUAAUUCUGUGGUAAAGCAUAGUGUAAAAUAUACUGGUGAGUAAGUGAUAGACCGAAUAUAACCAUCAAACUCAAAUUUGCUCUGGGAUUUCAGAAUAGAUAAGAUAGACAAAGCAUUGAUUAGAUAAAAGCAGUAUUUAAGUAGUAAAGGCAUAUUUACCGUGGCGCACUUCAUGUUCUGACACGUAAGCUGUCAGAAAUAGUUAUACUGAAUGAGAUUUUAAAAGGUUUUAAAAGGCUUGCUUUCAAAGCAAAAGCACUUAAGAAUAACAAAUAUUUUCUGCAAUAAAACAAGCCCACACAACAUUUAUUGGACGUUCAGUUGUUUCUGUUAACAUCCACAAUUAUUUAAUUGUCCACUAUUUAAUUUUGAUCUGUUUACUGAUUUUGUUUAUUUGAUAUUACUUCAUGAAACUACUAACAGAAAUUUGUAUUGUUGAUAACAACCUGCUUCCGAUUUCAACCUACUAUUUGACCAUUGAUGUGUUUAAGCGUUGGUGUGAAAAGAAUUAAAGUCUUCCCAAGGGAUUCUA